UCAUUGCCCAUUAUCAUCUUCUUCGCGUCGUUAUGUUCAACAUUCUAUUAUUUGGGUGUAGUGCAAUGGUUUCUGCUGAAGAUGGCCAUCUGUUUGCAAUACUCAAUGGGCACAACUGCAGCUGAAUCUCUCAACGCUGUUGCAUCUGUAUUCUUGGGACCGACUGAAGCUGCUGUAAUGAUGCGUCAAUCGCUCAAAUCGAUGACGGAAAGUGAAAUCAUGGCAACAUUGACGGCCGGCUUUGCAAUGAUCUCUGGAUCACUGUUCGCCAUAUACAUAUCGUUUGGUGCAUGCCCGUCCUACUUACUCGCCUCGAACCUCAUGUCCGCACCAGCAGUGCUGGCAGUCUCAAAAAUUAUGCAACCUGAAAUUCAACGAUCAUUGCAAAAGAAUAUAAACGACUUCCGAUUUCCACCAGCUGAGGAGAACACACUGCUGGAGGCGUUAUCCCACGGUGCCGUUCAAGCAGUGCCGGUCAUAUUCGCGAUCAUCUCGAAUCUUAUCGUAUUUCUCGCGUUCGUCACUUUCGCCGAUACACUCAUCGGAUUCUUCGCCAGUUUGAUCGGAUACGAAGGAAUCACUUUCAAUAUGUUGCUCGGUUAUAUGUUCUACCCACUCGCAUACGUGAUGGGUGUAUCGGAUGCAAACGAUCCCGAAAGGCGCAACGAAGAAAUCAUUCGUGUGGCACAACUUAUUGGCACAAAAACAUUGCUGAACGAAUUUAUUGCGUAUCAACAAAUGUCUGAAAUGUUACGACGUAACCAACUCGGGGGUCGUGCCCAAAUGAUGGCCGUAUUCGCUUGCUGUGGCUAUUCGAACGCCUCGCAGAUUGGUUCCCAGUUGGGAAUAUUCAGUGCAAUGGCUCCGUCGAGACGUCGUUCGUUUGCUCGUCUUGCGGUACGAUCUUUAGUCGCUGGUAGUAUUGCUUGCUUCAUGACCGCCGUUGUCGCUGGUAAUUACUCUUUGAAUUCUCCUUAUACUGAAGUGGAAAAUUUUACGGUCUUCUUCUUGCUACCUAUUUGA